AUACUCAUACUGACUUAAAAGCUGACCAUAAUCAAUUUACGUACUUUGCACUGCACGCUAAACAGAGUUGUGUCUCUUACGCGACUCGACCUUCCAUGACUACCGAACCGAUACUGAAGCAAUAGCUUCAACUAAUUACGCGUAGGCUAUCGCACCAGGAUUGGUGGGGGACCUGCGCUGCCAACAAUGGCGCGCAGCACAACAGGAGACGAUGAUGCGUCGUCUCGCGAUGCUGGCUCGAGUCGUGGGGACGGGGCAUCGUCCAUGGGACAGAGCCAGACUUCAAGUCAACGCAGCGACGCAAAGUUUCUGAAGCUACGUGAACGCUCGUGAGUUCCGUGGCUUGCUUCUGCCCCGGAUCGUUGUCUUUGGCCAUAAUAAGUGCAUCGACACUGCACCUCUAUAACAUUUUGAGGUGGUUGCUAUGAGGCAGUGUCGGGCGAGUUCUGGUCGGACCAGUUAUUACGUUACAGAAUACAGGGCCCCUUCCUUUCGUGCUUCCUGUAGGGCCGGCAAGCCGUCACUGUGUAGUUGCAUGCCACCUGUUGUGGCACAUGGUUUGGGACUUUGGGCCCUUUCGUUUGCCAACCAACCCGUACUGCUGCAGGCAACACGAGCGCGAGGAGGGCGACCUUCUGGAGCAGCGCAAGUCCAUUCAGGAGGGCAUUUUUCAAUGCAUGUACACCCUUGUGCGCCAAUCUGCCCUCAGCUCAUGGAAGUUUGCUGUCCUCAAAAUCGUUCUUGAAGGCCUGAUGGGCUUGAUUGUAUGCUUCAACCCAUCUAUUGCGGAGUGGGUGAUCGACACCAACAAUCCGGUGUGGCAAUUUGUGCGGUGGACGGUGUGGCGCAGCCCCAUCAUGCGCAUCUACGGCUACGACACCUACAUUAAGGUGCUGUACUUCAUGGUGGUGGCGGUGGUUCUUUCGGUGCUGGGCCUGGUGUGGCUGACGCUGGCCAUGCGCAAGCAGGAGCAGAGCAAAUGGCUGAAAGCUGCGGCCAUGGUCCUGCAUAUUGUAUAUGACCUGGUCUUCAUGAUGUUCUAUGUCUCAUUCUUUGACUACUUCGUCUUCACCGCCAACUGUCAAUUUGGCUCGGCAAAGAAGGAGCACAUGUAUUUUGCGGGCGUCUACUGCCUGGAAAUGCCGCACGUACUACACAUGGCCGUGGCCUGUGUGACCGCGUGCAUCUUCUUUUGCGUCACGGCACUGAUGGUCGUGGCGUCGUCGGACCUGAACCCCGUGACACAGGGCUACCUCGCCUCGCCCGCUGCCAUCACCCGCCUUAAGAUUCUCACAGCAAAGGCCAUCUAUAUCAUAGCAGCGGAUGACCUUCAAGCAUGGCCUAAAGUGCAGUCCAUCGUCAUCAUCCUGGCUGUGGGCAUGAUCUGCUGGUGGAACUUCCGGCGGGUGCCCUUCUACCGGGCCGAGGUCAACGUGGUGUGGUCGGCGCUCUGGUUUGGCAUCCUAUACGUGACCCUCCUCCUCGCAUACCUGGUGUUCGGCAAGGACCACUCGCGCGACCACCAGCGCGAAGUGACCCUGUGGGUGCUGUACGGCAUCUUCCCGGUCAUCGCGGGCGGCAUGGUGGCGGCGGGCAUGCAUGUGUGGUGGGUGCUGCGCCCCGCCAAGCGCUUCCGCGGGCUGGAUCCUGGAGCCAAGCUGGCGCGGGAGCACAGGCUGGAUGACUUCAACGAGGUUGAGACGCUGAGCCGGGUUGUGCGCAAGUUCGAUAUCGACGGCGUGGUGGACGAGGACGCUGCCAUGCUGGCGGAGACCAUCAUCAAGGCUGGGAUGCGCAUGUUUCCGAACAACCCUUACCUUCAUAUCCUGUACGCCAACUUCUUGUUGGAAGUUCGGAAGGACGGCCCCGCGGCCCGCACACAGCUGCAGCUCGCCUCCAAGCACUCACCAAACCUCGUGUACCGCUACCAGAUCUUCUGCACGGGCGAGGCGUCCAAGCGCCUGAAGGACAGCCAGGACGGCGGCAUGGACUUGCAGGCCUACAUCGAGUUCAGGCGCAACUUCAGGGCGGUGCUGCGCGUGCACAAGGAGGUGCUGGUCCUGCAAACCGAGCUGUGGACGCUGAUGAUGCGCUCAACAGUCAAAGUGCGUGAGGUGGACAAGGCGCUUGACUCGCUCGAGGCUGGGACGAUGCGCGCGCACCAGGUCUACAAGAGGGUGCUGGAGCGCUACCCCACCAACGGCAAGCUGCUGCGCUGCUACGGCAAGUUCCUGGAGGACGUGAAGCACGACCCCAUCGCGGCCACACGCGCCUACAACGAGGCCUCGCGCAACGGCGGCGGCGACGCCAUCAUGAACCUGGACCUGAGCGCGGUGCAGGGUGCCGCAAACAAGCCCGAGUUCCUGACGUCCAUGUCGAUGGAGGACGACGCCGUGAUUGUGAUCAACGCCGAGGGAACCAUCAUGAUGGUCAGCCAGGCCGUGCAAAAGGUGUUCGGCUACCCGAAGGCAGAGCUGGAGGGCGCCAACGUGUCACUGCUCAUGCCGCAGCCCUUCAGUCAGCGCCACCCCAGCUACAUGCAGCGCUAUGUGGCAGGAGGCGAGCCGCACAUUCUGGACACGGUUCGUGAGGUGCUAGCCCUGCAUAAGGAGCGCUACGUGUUCCCCAUGCAGCUGUGCGUGACCAAGAUGUCCGGCACUGGCACUGACAGCAUCUUUCUGGGCGUGGCGCGACCCAUGGCGCCCAACUCGAUGAACAAGCGGGCCUGGAUCGCCCCCAACGGCAUCUUCAUGUGCGGCGACCAGCAGUUCGCGAGCAUGUGCGGCAUCACGGAGGGCGAGCUGGUUGGCCGUACGCUGGCAUCGCUGAUGGAGGCCACGGACGUUGAGGUUGAGUUGCUGUUGGAGCGCUGCCACGCCGCCUCCGCCUCUGACCUGGAUGUAGGGCUGAUCAAGACGCAGCUGUUGCUGCGGCACAAGUAUCUGGACCCGGUGCCCGUGGAAGUGACCAUCGGACUUGCAGGCACGGACGCGCAGCGAAUCUACGUGCUCAACUGCCAGCGGACUGACAAUCAGGAUGGCAACAUCAUGGUGGUUGACCAGCACCUGCGGAUGCGGUUCUGUUCGGUGGGCGUGUCGGCAUUGCUGGGCUUUCCCAUACGCAAGUUGGCCACCAUGAAGCUGGACCAGCUGCUGCCGCCGCCGUACAACACCAUGCACGCAAAAUGGAUCAAGGACCCGCCCUCGACGGUGGCGCCCACGGGCUGCCGCGCGGGCAAGGUGGUGCACCUGCUGAAUGAGAACAACUCCCAGGUGCCGGUGCGAAUCAAGGUGCGGACGAUGUCCGCGCAGGACUCCGGCAGCAGCACCCUGUGCGUGGUUCAGGUCGACAAGGUGGGCCAAGACGAAGUCCAUGACGAGAAGCGGUUGGUGCUGACCGCGGACUUCAACGGCCGCGUGUUGGAAGUCGAACAGCCGGAUUCGGAGCUCUUCGAGUUCCGCGGUGGCGACCUGGUGGGCUGCAGCCUGUGCGACACAGUGGACAUCUUCAAUGACUGGCGCGAGCGCAAUGGCGAUAGCCAGCUGCAGCUGCUGAUCCUGGCGCUCCUGGAUAAGGAGCAGGAGAUGCCGGGCGCCUCGUGGCGUGUGCGCGUGCAGCCGCCGCCCACCGCGGCGGUGCCCCACCUCCCGGCCAUCGCCGGCGCCGCGCCUGCUCCGGGUGCGCCUAAGAAGCCGCCCAUCUCGCGGGCGGCUUGCUUGCAGGUGGAGCUACACGAGGUGGCGGAGGAGGUCGGGCACGGUGGUGAGGUGGAGCACCUGACCCGCAUCAGGGUGACGCUGUGGCGGCGCGACCUGCUGUCGGGCGUGGUGGAGCUGGACGAGGGGCUGGUCAUCCGCAAGGCCUCCUACAUGACCGGCCUGAUCGUGGGAUGGCCCGCGAACUACAUGAUCAAGAAGCCCCUGCAGCGAUUCCUGGAGAUGCCCAACGACAUCUCCUGGGACAAGCUUGUUGCGGCCAACUCCAAGGGCCACAACAAGAAGAAGGGCGCGCUCAAGACUGCCAGCAACCGCGGCACCACCAGCCCCGCCAUGGCCUUCAUCGGGCCGCACCCCGACACCGGCACCAUGCGCAUCCUGACGCAGGGCGUGGAGACACUGGCCCCCGGCGGCCGGCCCAAGAUCACCAUCACCAUGCACCCGGACACGCAGUUCGCGGGCGCCCACGCAAAUUUGUUGCGCGUGCUGCACCUGGAGGGCACAGACCACAACGGCGCUGCCCGCAAAGCUGGGCAUGACAACGAGCUGACUCAGGCCGUAACAGCUUAUGACGAGCGGGAGCAGGCGACGGCUUCGGCGGCAGCAACUGAGGCAGCCGAGAAGCAGGCAGGAGAGGCAGAUGCGCACGCAGCGGGCCCGGCGUCGCCUAAAGGCUGGGCGGGAGAAAUUCGCUCUCCUGCAGAGCAGCUAGACGAGGAUGACGAACUGGAGGACGCGCGUGGGGGACGUCACAGCAGCGACGGCGACGGCAGCGGCAGCGAGCACUCCAAGGGCCGCAAGGACGGCUCGGAGGACCUGGAGGCGAAGGGCCAGGCCAAGCUGCACAGCCGCGCCGCCAGCAAGUCGGACUUCGUGGCGCAGUGGGUGCGCACACUCACCAACAAGACCAGCGGGGCGCUGGAGGCUCACCAGCAGCCGCCACCCAUUGAGCGCCGUAGCAGCAGCCCUGGGCUAGUCGGCAACUUGCCGGCCGGGCAGCUGUCAGGCGGGCUGGCUCCUAUCCCGGAGGACGGUGCUGCGGACGAGGGUGGCACGUCAUCAAAGAAGGGACCUCAGGCCGCCAAGACGUUCGGGCGCCUCACCUCUGGCGAGCCGUGGGCCUUCGGCUCAAAGCAGGGCUCCCGGGCCAUCGAGUCUCCUGCUAUGGGCAAGAGCCGGCGCACGACAGACCUCAAUGACGGCCCGGGCCCCGGCGAGGAGGGCUUCGGCGGCAAGAAGGACAAGGGCGAGGAGUGGGAGAAGGCCAGUGAGGGCGGCGAUUCCAGCGCCUCGGGCAGCCAGGCGGCAAGCGGCAUCACAAGCAUCACGGACGCGACGUCCGUGAGCGAGCUGCAGAUCGACUCGCGGCGCGGGCGGCUGCUCAAGGCGCUGACCAAGCUGCUGUGCGGCCCCAUGCUGAUGGAGCCACUGGAGAGGCUGAGGCUGCACAGCUACGGCAUUCUUGCGAUGAUCCUCUUAACCCAUGUGGUGGCUUACGUGGUCAUCACGCGUGAGAUUAAGGCAGAAGACCACGACAUUCAACUGGUUGCCCGGCAAGCUCUUUGCAUGGACCGCUCCCAGCUCAUUGCAGUGCGGGCCAUGAUGGGCGCCUACUGCGAGCGGCCCAACGUGACCAAGGUGUCAGUGUGCUCAAACACCCUCAACUUCACGAUUGAAAAACUUCGUGAAAACAUUGACUACAUGGAAGAACACCACCACUUUGUGUAUCUGGGCGAGUCCAAGAACAAGGUUGUGAAGCUCAUGCCCGAGGUCUUUGACAUCUGGACGGGCCAGGAGGUGGAAUACCGUUCUUACAUGGACACGGCGACGCCCACUGAGUACCACAUGAAGGGCGGCGUGUGGACUAUGGGCUCAGCCUACAUUGCGAACGCGCGCGAGAGCCUGUAUUGGCUCGCCACGCUCAAGGAGUACUACACGUGGCACCGCACCUUCAAGUUCCUGAUCGAGAACGGGCUGGGCCCUCUAUUUGAGGUGUACGCCAAAUCGCUGGACCACCUGGUCAAUGCCGCCUGGGAAUCCGUGGACAAGCUGAAGAACUCGCUCAUCAUCCUCAUGAUCGUGGAGGCGCUGGUAAUCCAGCUCGCGUGCAUUAUUUACGAAUGGAUCCUGGUUCAGCGAUUGGAGAAGGCACGCGUGAUUGGCAUCCUGGCCAUGGUGGGCCUGCCGGGCCCCAUCCUGCGCCAGCUGGCGACCAAGGAGGUCAAGAUCCUUGACGACAGCGAUGAUGAGGAUGAUGACGUGGAUAGCGAUGCUGAGGAUGAGCAGCAGGACAAGGCGGCAGCCGCCAGCAAGAGAUUAGAAAGCGGCGCCGCCGCCGACGCCGUGCGGCCAGGCGAUGGCCCCAAGGGCGUGCAACGCGCGGCUGAGGGUGCUGCCGCAGACGCCAAGGACGGUGGAGCCAGGACCCUUGCGGCGGCGAAGACGCAGAAGCUGAUGAGCAUCAGCAAGAAGGCCAGCGACGGGUCGGAGCAACAGCACCAUACGGACGCGGCUGCCACGGGCACGGCGGCGGGUGGCGGCGGAGGCGGUGGCGCACAUGUGGAUCACCUGGACAGCGCUGUGUCUUCGGAGCUGGAGCACCAGGGCGCAGGCGGCAGAAAGGGCCGGGGCAAGCAGCAGGCCAAGCUCGCACAUGGCGGCGGCCCGACCACCACCACCACCAAGAUGCAGGAGGCCCGCAUUCGCGGCAUGAAGAUCAACGGCAAAACGCUGGUGCCGUCCUGGCACAACGUCGCCAGGUUCAUGGUACCCUUCGCGCUGUGGAACCUCGCGCUCAUUAUCGUAUACGUGGUCAGCGUCGUGCAGCUUGACGGCAUGCAGGGCCCGCUGGCGUCGCUCAACAUGGCAAGCCACAUCAUCUACCGCUACACGCGCGUGCGCGCCGUCGCCUUUGGCUUCGUGUCUCAGGAUGACCGGGACUCGCGUGAGGUCUGGCGCGAGAUGCUCAAGACCGAGAUGUCGUACUUUGAGAGCGAGUACGACUCGCUCAUGUACGGCGGCACCCCCAUCACGCAGGUGAACUCGGUCUUCCAGAAGGCUGUGCCGGCCAGCACCUUUGCAUCCAACUCGUUUGCCAACGAGUUCUUCCGGGCCAAGCGCUGCUUCCGCAUCGAUGGCGAGGGCUGUGCACAACCCGGAGACGAAUACUACGAGGUGACACACAACGGCCUGGAUGUCAUGGUGCGGCGCAUGAUAUCGGAGAUGAACCUGCUGGCAGACGACGACGACCGGGAUGUGGCGUACAACGGCACGCGCUACACCUGGAUGUUUAAUGUGGGCGGGCGUGACCUGUACGAGGGGCUGCAGCAGGCGGCGCAGCUGUUUCAGGACUACUCCAUCAGCCGCUACAACCAGGUCACCAACCUGCACACGAUCCUGCUAAUCGUCGCAAUCACGCUGGUCUGCUGCUUCCUCUUCAUGGCGUUGUGGCCGCACCUGGCCCGCCUCAAGGCCGGUGCCGCACGCCAGGGCGCGCUGCUGAGCCACGUGCCGCCCGAGCUGGACGUGAGGGCGCACGUGCGCUCGGUGUUCAGGCGCGCCGUCGCGGCCAAUGCCCACGGCCAUGCAGCCGCGAAGAAGAAAGCGCCGGCGGCGCUAACUACGGAUGUUCUUAGAACCGGCAUGGCAUGAAGGAACGUGAAGGCAAUGAUUCCUGCUGAAAAUAGAGCAUACUGGAUUCAUGCUGCUGUGUUCAUCAAACUUUCAUCAUGAUCCACGUCAGGGUGCACGCAUGCAUGGCCUAUAACCCAUAAGGUGGGUCCCAUAUUGCAUUACGACAUGUGCACGACUAAUGCGUUACGCACAUUGCGACAUUCUGAGGCUCAAUCCGCCUUAUUCAUGGCAUCCAUGCGCAGCUACUGCGCGCGUGCGUUUGACUUUCAGGGGUUUGACGAGAUCGUGGUCCCCGCCAAGGUCCCCGCCAAAGGGAGAAGUGGGCUGCGCCCACGCCAUGUCUCCCAUCCAAGGCCGCAAGCGAUCCAGUUGGGGUUUCAACAAUAAAGCUGAUGGGCCCGUUCACAACAGACAUGAAGAUGCAUGUUUCAAGCAAAGCUAGCGGAAGAGUUGUUUGCACCAUGGUGCGCCGUAAUGCAGCAAGGUGAAGCUGUGAGAUUUUGGAAAUUUGUGGGUCUGGCGUUGCAUGGCUGUGGAGAGAGUUGGACCAAAUCAAACUGUGGACGCAAUGUGGCCCAACGGUGUGAACGUCUUGGUGCUGUGCGUGACAACUGUCUCCCGGCCCCAUAUCGUAAUGGAGACGUCAAGAGCAUGACGUUGUUGACAGCUGAUCGGAGCUGACAGCCCACUGCUGCCCCCGUACUUCAUUGGUUGUUGUUCUGGUGCGCGCGGCGGUUGUGUACUGUCGCUCAUACUCAUAUUCAUAGCAGCAGGUCAAGUGUAAUUACUGUGUAUGGCGGAACUAGGAGGAGAAAAUGCCCGUGGAUGCCAUUCACGGGUGCCACUCCACGGACCAUGCCGUGCUGGUGAUUGGUUGGCCAGAGGUUCUCCACUCAGCAUGUGCAAGGAAGCUGCGUGGAGGGUUGGAAUGAUGGUUUGGGCGGGGCCGUCGAUGCCGUUGGGCUUCUACACAUCACGACACCUUGAUCAGAAGGAGCUGACGGGGCACUGCUGGCCUAAUGCUCUGGUGAUUCAGUGGUUUGGUGGCCGUGGACCCGAAGUCUGUAACCUGCUGUAACACAACCAACGC